CUGGUCCUGCCCCUCCCUGCUUUCUUCCUCCUCCCUUCCCCACUCCUCCUCCUCCCCCCUGGAAAAAGAGGAACUGGGACACGAACCGUGCGCCGCGCAUUCAGACGACCGAGCGCUGCUGACCGAAUAGCGCGCACACACAGCGUACCCCCAUCACGCCCGUUGCUACCGUCACACUACUACUACUACGCCACCUUCAUUCAACGUUCGUUCACUUCACCGGAUCCAUGGCCAUUGGAUCUCUCGGCGGCAUAGGAUAGCUUGAUUAGAUUUUCUCGUGCAGUUGGAAAAGUAGAGACGGCGCACUAGGAAGCGAGUGAAAACAAGCGGCCAUCAAACCACCAAGUAAAGAAAAGAGACUCACGGUGCAGACGCGGCUCUAGUGGUAGACUAGACGCACUCACAGACUCGGCGUACCAUCUUGCGACAUUCCAGUCCACAGAUUUAUGACGACAACCAGUCGGGACCAGUAAAAGAAAGAAAGAAGAAGGUUGAAGCUGCUGCUUACAUCCGUUUUUGUGUCGUCCAGCCGGCGUAGGACGUGUAGUACGUCUCAUUUCUUUCUAAAUCCGUGUCCGUCCCGUGUGUAUGUGUUCUCGAGUGCUUGGUGUCAGUUUCGUGAGUGCUUCAACUAGCAGUGUUCCUUCGUGUGAGUCACUCCUAAUAGUAGAUUCCAAACAAGUGGUGGGCGGUGUCGGCUUUUUGUAAAAGGCGGACAUUGUGCGGACAGUGCGUCAUCAUUACCCAUUGCAAUAUCCAGCCGGCCAGCCAGCCAGCCAGUCGCCGCCAUGGACAGCGAGUUAUCCAAUUUGGUGGAGUUUUACAGAGGCAGGAGCGUGUUCGUUACGGGCGGCACGGGAUUCUUGGGCAAAGUGCUAGUGGAGAAAUUGCUGCGUUCCUGUCCGGAUAUCAAGGCCGUUUAUUUGCUCAUCCGGCCGAAAAAGGGCCAGGAAGUCCGCAGCCGGAUUGAGGAAUUCAACCAACACAUCGUUUUCGAGAAUUUACGGCGUGAUCGACCCCAGGCCAUGGAUAAAGUGAUCCCUGUGGCCGGAGAUGUGACUCUGGAAGGCUUUGGAAUUUCGCCAGAGGAUUUGAAACUUCUCUGUGAUGAAGUUUCUAUCGUCUUUAAUUCAGCGGCCACCGUCCGCUUUGACGAGGAUUUGCGGACAGCCGUUGACCUCAACGUCAAAGGACCACAAAGGCUCAUGAACGUCUGUCAUCAAAUGAAGCGUCUGGAGGCUCUCGUCCACGUUUCAACGGCUUACAACAAUCUGGACAAGGAGAGCAUUGAGGAAGUCAUUUACCCGACGCCUAUUACGCCUCGCAAGCUGCUUGAAAUCGUCGACUGUCUGGACGCCGACAUGCUGACGAGCAUUACUAGCCAGCUUGUUGGCAAAUGUCCUAAUACGUACGCUUAUACCAAAGCCAUCGCCGAACAGUUGCUGCGUGAAGAACACGGUGACAUUCCGCUAGCCAUUGUCAGACCGUCAACCGUAACGGCCGCUCUGUUUGAGCCCAUGCCCGGUUGGAUAGAUAACAUCAAUGGCCCAACUGGCAUCAUCGCUGGAGUAGGCAAGGGUUUCCUGCGAGUCGUUCGAUCCCAACCGGAACUAGUUGGCGAUUUGAUCCCCGUGGAAUUCCCUAUUCACUUGAUGCUAGCCGUGGCUUGGUACACAGCCACCCACAAGUCGAAGGAAGUAAAAGUCUACAAUUGCUCAACGGGUGACCAUAACCCACUGACCUGGGGAGAUUUCCGAACAAUUGCAUUCGAAGCAUGGAUGAAAGACCCAGGCGGUGAUAUCAUGUGGUAUCCUAGUAUCAGCUUCAUCAGUAACCAGUGGAAUUACCUCAUCGCAGCCUACAUCUUCCACUACAUUCCGGCAUACAUAAUCGACUUUCUCGGUCGACUGCUCGGCAAACAGCCGAAACUUGUUCGCUUUUACAGCAAAGCCGACAAGGCGAUGGCUUGCCUCAAUUUUUACACGAUCCGACAGUGGCGAUUCAUCAGCGAUAAUGCCAUCCGCCUGCUGGAGAAGAUGUCACCAGCGGAUCGUGAGACUUUCUACUUUGACGUGCGUGAUAUCAACUGGAAACAGUACAUCACCAACUACGUUGCAGGCACCAAAAAGUACAUUCUAAAGGAUUACACACCUACAGACAAGGCGAAAGACAUCAUCAAAAGGUUCUAUUGGCUGCAGAAGGCGACUCAUGGAAUCCUUUUGCUCAUCGUGGUCUUUAUUGGCUUGCGUUUGUUCAGUUGGAUAUUUGGCGGCGCACUGCUGGCCACGUAGCCGCUCAUCGCAAUCAUUCAGCGCUUUCCGCAGCUACCAUGAUCAACUCCGACUAUCAUUUAUAUAAAUAUUUUUUUUUUGUCUUGUCAUUUAAUCUUUUUGAUCUUGUAGAAAGUAGAACCUCUUCACCAAUUGAUGAAGAAAGUGAAAAAAAAAUGAAAAAGAAAAAUGAGAAAAUUAACAAAAAAAUUAUUGUAACAAUUUAAAAAAAAACAGUAGUGGCAAAGAAGGAAAUUUAUAGUUCAAUGGCGAAAGCAAAUUACAGAGCAAUGGAAACCAAUAUGUGCAAGUAUAUAUGUGAUGACAUUGUAUGUGUGUAUUUUGUUUCUCGAAUGCUUGUUUUCUUUUUAUUCUCUCAGUUUUGGCUCGUGUGGAUGGAGAAAAAUCAAGACAAACAACAAAAUAUUGUAAUGCCGAACGAAUUCUAUAUUUGUUAUUCAAUUUAUUUUAUUUUUUUUUUUUUUUUUUAAAUAUUUGAAUUUGAAUUUCGGCCGUUUCUGCUAAGUGUCAGGAAUCCGUCUAAUUGCUUAGCGGUAUUCUCCCAUGUUCCAUAUGCACAACAAUCUUGUACGAUUACAUCUUCUACCUUUAUUCCUCUUGCAGCUCGUGUCUUAAGAAGGCGGCUGCCAUUGCAAAACAAAAACUAACCGCAAUAAAAUAUUCAUAUUAUUCAUUAAUUGAUAUGCACCUCCGUCUGCUCAUCCACAAUAAAUAAACGACAAAUAUUCUUGUCUAGUACUGCA